AUGUCUAGAGCGUCGAAGAUCACCCUGCUCAGCACUAUUCUUGGUACCGCCGGCGUAGUCGCCUUUGUUCACUGGGCCCAGACCGCUGAACAAGCUGCUAUGCACGCCGGUGUCGUUCGAGAUAUGGAACACCAACGCAUCAAGAGAGAAAGGCAGGCGGACUUUGACAUGCAGAGGCAGCUGGAGGAAGAGUACAAGAAGGUGCAGACUGUGCGUGACAGUACCAGUGGUGCUUGA